AUGUCGUCUCCUCCCAGCAACCACAGCGGCGAGGAUGACCAUGAUGACCAUGCUACUCAAGGCAACGAUCGUGAAGACCCCAACAACGCCCCCAAGGGUGCUCCCGAAGAUGCUGGCCCUAACAAUCUCGGUGGUGUUAGUCAGGGCGCUCCCGAAGCUGCUGUCCCUAACAAUCCCGGCGGUGCUGGUCAGGGCAAGCCUGAUCAUAAUGCCAAUGGUGGUCCGGAUGCUCACGACGAUGUGGCACCUGGCAACCUAGGCAAUGACGGUCCAAAUAACCCUAACAACAACGCCGACGGUGGCCGAGAUGGCCAGAACCAUGGCGGCCAGGGCGCUCAAGGCAAUGGGGGACCUGGCAACCAUGGCAAUGGUAAUCAGGACAUCAACAACGGUGAAGGCGACAGCGACGAUGAGUCAGACGAGCAUUGGUCAGACAAUGGAGAUGAUAAAAGAACUGACGAGGAAGACGACUUCUCUGAAGGUGACAACGACUCUUCCUCCGAUGUUGGCCACAGCGUACUGGACGAUGCAGACGAUGACGAUGAUACCGAGAUCUUAAGCGUCCACAGCGUCCACAACCAGGCAGGCGAUGACGAUGAUACCGACUCUUUAAGUAUUGACCUCGGCCACUUCGACGACGAUCAACAUGGCAAUGGUCAAAAUGGCAACCCCAACGGUGGAAAUAAUGGCGGGAAUGUCAACAAAAAUGGCUUCAUAGUCGUCAACGUGGCUGAUCUUAACCAAACCAGUCGAGACCGCGAUGUAGCAAUGGCCGAGAGAGACUUGGCCCGGAGUGAGGUCACCAUCAAGGAAGAAGAGGUAACGCGCCAGAGAGCCAUCAUUAGUGGGCACGAGGCCACAAUUGAGGAUCUCGAACAUCAGAUCGACUGGCUGAAGAAUGGAAAGCCUGCUCCUGAGAUCUGGCCGCGUCUGCUUCGCAAAUUCCUUGACGGCAGAAGCAAUCAAAGCUACGAAAGGAUCAAUCGCGAAUGUUGCCAGCAGUCCAACAUGAGUAUGAGAAUCACCACCACCCAUCCGGAUCUCACUAUUGAGGUGAAGGAAGUCGAUCCGCGAUACAUGAGAUGGAGUUGUUCCCCAGCCAAGUAUAGGUACGCCUAUCCAUGGUCAGGACAACAUCCUCAUCGCUCGCGGAAUCUGCAGAGCUUGAUCACGCAGAGUCUGGAUACGCCCUUCACCUGUACCCGCCUGCGGCCGUUGCACAAGUCUCUGCUGGAAGCAGCACCGUUUCCGUUUGAGAAACUGCCCAACGACAUCCAGAUCAGAAUCUUCAAGUUGUUGCUAGUCACACCCAAAUUGAUACACUGCAUUACCCGUCUCGACCCAGUCAACCCACCUGUUGACUUUCCAGCAGCCGGCCAGCUAGGAAACCUCUACCUUCAUCGAUUCCACUUCGGCGCCAAGCCGUGUUUCAUCCCACGUGCACCUCAGCCUAACCAUGUACUCAGCCCUCUUCUGGUAUGCAAGCGGUGGCUGUUCAUUGGUUCUCAUGCCUUCUAUGGAGCGAACACUUUUGCCUUUUCGAGCCUGGGUGAGCUUAGAAAGUUCUUCACCGGUAUUGGAAAGGCGCGUGCUGAGAGAAUCGUGAAUGUCGAGCUCAUGUGGCAUGGAAGUAUCCUACCACGAGCAUCAAGGUUGCACGAACAGUGCCCAUUGCCUAAUGAGACUCAAAAGAUCUCACAGCGUACAGCUCCUCUGGUAUGGUUUACCAAAACCAGACGACUGAGAACUUUGCUCGUGCAUAUCGAGGAGUCAGCUGAAAAGCGAGUAAGAAGACGUUACGAACUUCACGCUAAAGAAGACUGGUAUAAGGACUACGUCGAUGAAGAGGAAUACCCUGGAGAUCAACUUGACCAGAGGGCGCUUGACACCUUUGGACGCAUGUGCAGAAACACUGACAUCCAACCAAAUUACAGGAAACUCCGAAGCAUGCGAACGGUCCACGGACUUGAUUAUGUCAAUCAGCUGAGAGGUAUGAAGUGGCUACGUUACCAGAACACUCAUAGUGAUGAGCACCGACAGAGCAUACGUGACUGGAGCUUCCUCAAAGACGUGAACAGUGUGGUGACACAACCCAAGGAACCACGAGAGUUUUUGUUGUCUCAGCUUGAGAACCUACUGCCGCUGACUGGGCUUGAACUGUUCGACCCUAGCGAUGAUGACUUGGCGAUGGCGUUCUCGUUCUAUGAGGAGCAGCCGGCUAACUACGACGUCGAUGCUGACACGGAUUCGGAAAUAUCCGAAACGGAAUAUUCUGGUAGGGUCACGGCUGCCGGCUCGGACGAUGGCCUCUCGUCUGACGAAGAUGAACCCGCUGGUGACGGAGACGACGGCGGAAAUGAUGGCGAAGAUGAUGGCGGGGAUGAUGACUCUGACGAUGAUGAUGACUCCGAGAACUCAGAUUCCCCACGCAGAGGCUCCGGCCAGCCGAACAACGGUGCUGGCGGUGGAGCAAUGGAUCUUGACAACCAGAGUGAGCAUGGGAGCAGCGCGAACUCCGAUGUUGAUAUGCCAGAUGUCGAUUUUGGCAUAUACCCUGACGCGGGAUCUGACGUGUCUGACUCAGACACUGAUGACGAGAAUGAAGACUCAAGCAAAUCUUCGAGCUCGGAUGCGAAGUCACAGGUAUCCAUCUCCGGGGUUCACUCUGACUCUGGUGAUUCGUCCGUUUCGGGUUCGGACUCCGAGUCUGACGACGAUGACGACCCUGAUGACACAGGCCUUAACACCACGAUAUCGCCUGCUCCAGUCCAAGUCAUCAUCGAUCUUACCGCCGAUGAUGACGAUGAAAAUCGGAGUAACAUGUUUGACAACGGCUCGAGCUCCGAAAGCCUAUUCGUCCGAAAAGGCUCUUGCAGUGCCCGUACCCUAACCAUCUCUGGUCGCAGCUCUGAUGAGAUGCCGCGAGCGCAGAGCGAGUUGAUUGACCUGACCAAGGACGAAGAUGAUGACGACGACAAGAAGCCGGAGCCUAUCAAGCUCGAGCAGCUGCUCCGGGCCGCCUCCAAGCACCUAAGAGAUGACGGCCUAGACGGUGACAGCGAAGGUCCUCCAUCAAAACGCUCUCGAAGUUCUUCGGGUCCCGUGUCAUCCAACGGUACCACACAAGGUAGGAUUUCCAAGACCCCUGGAGAAACUAGCUCUAUCGCAGAGGCAUCCAACUCGAUCUCGGGUGACUCUGGUGAGCCCGACUCGAAUGCAGGCAAUGAGCAUACCAGCUCCGACCAGGGCUCCAUUGCAGAGGCGUCCAAUUCAGACUCUGGCGACUCCGGCGAGCUCGACGCGAAUGCAGGCGAGGAGUAUGCAAGCUCGGACGAGGGCUCCGUUGUGAACUAA